GUGCGGGCGGAAGUGGAGUCCGCAACGCCUUAGUGAAGGGGCUCCAGACGGAACGUACUCUGCGGCCGUCCGCGGACGGUGUUGGAGUGCGGAGGCCGACAUGAACCGGCUCCAGGAUGACUAUGACUCCUACGCGGUUGAAGAGCCCAGCGAUGAGGAGCCGGCUUUGAGCAGUUCUGAAGAUGAAGUGGAUGUGCUUUUACAUGGAACUCCUGACCAAAAACGAAAACUCAUCAGAGAAUGUCUUACUGGAGAAAGUGAAUCUAGUGAAGAUGAAUUUGAAAAAGAAAUGGAAGCUGAAUUAAAUUCCACCAUAAAAACAAUGGAGGUCAAAUUAUCCUCCCUGGAAACAGGGUCUUCUUCAGGAAAUGGGAGAGUUGGAACAGCUUCCACAAAGUACUAUGAUGAUAUAUAUUUUGAUUCUGAUUCUGAGGAUGAAGACAAAACAGCACAGGUGACCAAGAGAAAAAAGAAGAAACGACACAGGAUUCUAACCAAUGAUGAGUUACUAUAUGAUCCUGAAAAAGAUAACAGAGAUCAGGCCUGGGUUGAUGCACGGAGAAGAGGAUACCAUGGUUUUGGAAUACAGAGGCCACGCCAACAACAACAGCCUGUUCCAAAUAGUGAUGCUGUUUUGAAUUGCCCUGCCUGUAUGACCACACUGUGUCUUGAUUGUCAAAGGCAUGAAUCAUACAAAACUCAGUAUAGAGCAAUGUUUGUGAUGAAUUGUUCUGUCAACAAAGAGGAGGUUCUAAGAUAUAAAACCCCAGAGAACAGGAAGAAAAAGCGAGGCCAUAAGAAGAUGCGGGCUAACCAUGAAGAUGCUGCAAAGCAGGCAGAGACAGAAGUGGAAGAAAUCUACCACCCAGUCAUGUGCACCGAAUGUUCCACUGAGGUGGCAGUCUAUGACAAGGAUGAAGUCUUUCACUUUUUCAAUGUUUUGGCAAGCCAUUCCUAAAUAGCUAAGUUUGCAUUUAAGUGCCCAAUAGUGUAUAUAAGGCAAAUAUGACAGUUAUUUUCCUCCUGCCUAUUUAUAUUAAGUGACAUUCUGAGUGGAAGCAGUGUUUUAUUUUUGAAAGAAAAUGGUUACCAACCUUCACCUUUCCCCCUUCUUUAAAAAAAUUUCCCCCAGCUCUGUUGAGACUGAUUAUUCAUUCCCUUUUUGAUGGACCUUGGAAACUUGGGGCUUUUCAUUUAUUAAAGCUCUUUAGAAUUAAAGUGUUCUGGAGUUGUAA